AUGAAUGAAAUUACUAAGAAAGAAGUGUUUCGAAUUGAAAGUGAUGUCUCGUCACGCAUUAGCACUGCUCAGGUUAUUAUUUCUCUCAGUAGUGCUGUUCGCCAAUUAAUCGACAACUCACUCGACGCGUCAGCACAGUGCAUUGAAAUUCGAGUUAAAAACAAUGGGUUCGAAAGUGUGGAAGUCAUCGACGAUGGUACAGGCAUCGAUGAAGAGAGUUUCCAAUCUCUUUGUGAGUUCCAAUAACA